AUGAAAUGCGUGACAGACAUUGCUCUCUUUCUGAUCUUCUCCUGUAUCGUGCAGCAGGUCGCACAGGUGAACAGCCUGAGAGACAGAGGGAGGAGAGCGCAGACAGGAGGGAAGAGAAGAGGUCAGCGGAAUGAAAGUGGCCUGAAAGGGAGAUUCUCGCUGAAGCGCGCUGUGCGCGGAGAUGAUGCGUUUGUAUUGGGAGUCACGUGUAAAAACGGGGCAAAGAUUUUCGGCUGCGAAUAUGUAGCGAAGCCCACAGCAUGUCAACAAUACGCAUCAAAUACCCAAGGCUACUGGAAACAGAUCUCCCGUUCUCUGAAAAAGCAGAGGACAUUGUGUCGCGACUCUUCGGCGAUGGUCAAUGCUGGUAUGUGCCGGAGCGCGCCCGUGGAAGCGCACUUCAGAUUGAAGCACACGCGGCCCUCCGCCAGAGUCCUGUUACCGACAACUGCGGGGAAUAAUCACUGUCCUGACCGGAUCGAGAGGCUGAGAGUGGCCGAAGAACACUGGUCUUCACUGUGUACAUUCCUCUUCUUGAUGCUUGAGAAUGAUGAAUGCUCGUGA